UACUGAAAACUCAGAAGUUGCCGAAACUCCAGUUCAGCCUGAAACUACAGUUCAGCUGAAACUCGAGUCCCAGAAGCUUCCAGUGAGGCAAUUAAUAGUAGGCAGGAAGAAGGCAGAAUAGUAGGCAGGACGAAGGCAGAACAGUAGGCAUUGUGGCGAGUAAUAUUACUACAGGUUUACCUGUCGGCGCGAGAAGCCUUCUCUGCUUUUCGAGGUGCCGCUCGGGGUGGAGUUAAUUCCAGUCCAUGCUUUCUUGCUUUACCCUUAAAAUCAACGCGAAGGCGGCAAGUCAGUCACCGCGGUAGUCAACAACUGUAACUGACCGUGGCGGCAACUGUAACUGAUCGAGCUCCACCAGGGCUACGAAUGUCCACCGGCCAGGUCUUUAACUACCGGGAUAACCAAACGAUGUGGGGAUAAUCGCAAUAGAAGUACCAAAUAGCACCAUUUAGGCAGCAGCACCACCACCAGCAUCGGCAGCAGCAACAAUAGAUCACGAUGGGGGACGCAGCCGGUUUAAAGACAUUCACGUCAGAAGAGCUCGAGGAAGCCACGAAUAGCUACUCGCGGGAAAACUCGCUCGGCCGCGGCGGGUUCGGCACGGGGUACCGCGGGAAGCUCGCGGACGGGUCCCCGGUGCUUGUAAUGAAGCUGAACCCCGAUAACACCCGCCAGGCCGCGGAGAAAUUCACGCGUGAAGUGACGAUCCUCACGCGCGCGGACCACCCGCACAUCGUCAAGCUCCUCGGGUACAAUCCCGAGGCACGCUGUAUCGUGUACGAGUCCCUCCCGGCGGGGACCCUCGAGGACCGUCUGCUGACGGAAUCCGGACGGAAAACGUUAAAGCAGAAGGACCGGCUGAGAAUCGCUGCAGAGGCGUCCGAAGCCCUGCUCUUCCUCCACCAACUGGACCCCCCGAUCCUCCACCAAGACGUGAAGCCCGGAAACGUGAUGCUGAAUGAGGACCUGUCUUGCAAGGUCGGGGGAGUCGGCCUGGCGAAGUUCCUCCCCGCGAACGACUCGUCCAUCUGGGGCACCGUGGGAUACAUCGACCCGCUGCUGCUCCGCACGGGGAAGUACGGGCCCCAGUCGGACCUGUACGGGCUCGGGCUGGUGAUCCUGCAGCUGCUGACCGGCGAGAAGGUGAACAAGGUGCUCGAGUUCGCUAAGUUCGGACUAGACGGGAUUCUGGACCAUCUGGAUAAGACGGUUCAGUGGAACCCCGAGAUUGUUAAGGAGGUUGCUGACGUGGCGCUCAAGUGUAGGGAUCGGAUGAGCCGGCCGGAUCUGGAGACGGUGGUGCUGCCCAUGCUGAAGAAAUACGCGGAGCAGACGAAAGGGGAGAAGGAGGCGGACGCUGCCGCGCCUGCUGCUGGUGCUGGCGGUGCUAAGGGUGGUGGUGGGGGUGGGUCGAGUAAGGGGCAUGAUAAGAAGCCAGCAGCGGGUGCUGCGGCUCCUGCUCCGCAGAAAAAAUCGCUAUUUGGAUAUUUCUUUGGUAAGCGGUAAAGAGGUGCGGUGGAGAGGAGCGGUGAAGAGUGGUGGAGAGGAGCGGUGAAGAGCGGUGGAGAGGAGUGGUGAGGAGGAGCGGUGAAGGGAAGAAGGCGGCAGCCGCCCUUCCUGCUGCUACUGCAGGCGCCAGGCCACAAAAGAAAGUCUUUGUUUGGGUACUUGUUUGGUAAGCGGUGAAGAGAAGCGGUGGGGUGAAGCUGCAGUGGAGGGAGGGAGGGAGCAUCCGGUGGAAGCGGGGGAGCAAAGCUGCGGGAGUGUGUGUGGUGAUGCCUCAACAGAUGGCGGAGGAGCAAAGCCGGAGUUGAAGGGGCGGCGAUGGAAGCAAGGGAGCAGAGGGAUGGUGGCGGAUACGCACGAGCUGAUCCGGGGGAAGAGGGGGAGCAAAGCUGCGGAAGGAAUAUGUGAGGUGGGUCAACAAACGGCGGAGGAGCAAAGCCGGAGUUAAAAGGAGCGGGGAUGGAAGCCAGGGAGCAGAGGGAUGGUGGCAGAUGCGCAGGAGUAGGUCCGGUCCGGGGUGGAGGCGGAUGGGAGGUAUUCCAGAAGCGGACGGAGGGUUUGAGGUGCAUCGACAGGUUGCGAGGGGGGCACCGCUGCAGUAAAGGGAGGAGGGGUGGGAUGGAAGCAACGGCAUGGAUGGGCAGAAGCAGGUCCGGUCAGAGGUGGCGGAGGAUGGGAGGUAUUCCAGGAGCAGAACAGAGCAGGUAGGGGUAUUGGUAGGGGUACUGGUAGGGGUAUUGAUAGGGGUACCGGUUGGGGUACUGGUAUUGGUAUUGGUGUUGGUAUUGGUAGGGGUAUUGGUUGUUUAGAAUCGAGCAGGCAGCAGUAGGUAGAUGUAGGGUCGGAAGCGGAAGGGGUGGGAAAGAUUCGGGGGGGGGGGGGGGGGGAGUGGGCAAGGUGUGAUUUGCUAGUGUCCAUCCACGCAGGUGGCAUCAGGCUAUCAAGCCAACUGAGGCGUGAUUCGCCUCAGCUGGAGCUCUCUCCACGACUGAAGCACGACUUGGGAGUUGCAAUGAGUCGUGCCUUGCUGGCUGGGCCUGCUGGGGCGUGCGUAUGCAUGGUGGCAGGCUGGCUGGGCCUGCUGGGGCGUGCGUAUGCAUGGUGGCAGGCUGGCUGGGUCUGGCUGAGUCUGACUGGUUCCGGAUGGGUCUGGUUGGGUCUGGCUGGGUCUGGUUGGGUCUGGCUGGGUGUAACAGGAUGGCUGGAUCUUGCUAGGUCUUAGGUGCGUGUAAGCAUGGUGGCAGGGUGGCUGGUCCGUUUUAGCGUUAUGGCAGGAGGGAAGCGGAAGUUCAAGGAAAUGCAUCAAGGCGGAGGGGGGCCUUUGUGGCAGACAUUACUGUGGCCAUGUGUUGGAAGUAUAGGGAGGAGGUUAUGCAUGCAUGAGGAACGUAGGGAGAGGGUUGACUUGUGCUAGGUGAGUGCCUUGCCUGUGGACCAUGCCCGCUGGUGCGGCGCUUUCCUCACUCGGGAUGGCGUGACUGGGAAGGUUGACGCUCACAGAAUGGAGGUCAUGGGAGAAAGUGGGCAGUCAGCUGGUUGCUUCUCUGCUGGCUGUUAAGAGGGUGUGUGCUGUUAUCUGACAAUGGUCAUCGUAGGUGUAUAAUAUUGAUAAAGUAGGUUUUUGCAUACACUAUGACCCAGGUUUUUCCGUUGCUCGUAGGAGUGGUGAUU